AUGGCGAAUGGUUGUGCCUUUAUGUCCGGCAGAAAUGCCAGCGGGCAGGUCCAGAGCCGUCAGUGCAUUGAGGCCGUCAUCAAAUUCGCCUUCGAGGAGAGGCUCUUCCUCAUGGCUGACGAGGUGUACCAGGACAACAUGUAUGUGCGGAUCCUUCACUCCUUCCAGAUGCUGCUACUGAGUUUCUGGCCGCCCUACCAGGACUCUGUGGACCCCACCUCCUUCCACUCCAUCUCAACUUUCUCCGAUCUCCACGGCUUCCCCCCCACCCCGAGGUGGCACCACAGGGGGUGCCCUAUUGCUACGCGCGUAUUGCUGCGCGCCGCCCUCCGCUCGCCCUGCGCCCCCCUGCGCCUGCUCUGCCGCGACUUCCACGCCGAGGAGCUCUCCGUCUCCACCAUCGUCUCCCUGCUGGACUCCCUGGAGCCUGCUGCCGUCCGCAGAGUUGUUUUACGCUUCAACAACCCGGGGCUGGCGGGGCUGUGCGAAGUGCUGCCUCACCUCGGCCGCUUCCCCGCGCUGCGCAGCCUCAAGCUGCCCUACAGCAACGUGGACGUGCGCCGCACGGCCCCCGGCCCAGACGCCGGCAUCCGCUGCUUGGCCGCUCACCUCCGGGCCCUGCCUGCCCUCAAGGAACUCGAUUUGUACUCCUCCAGGCUUUCUGGGAGACUCAGGCAGCUCCUGGGCGAGCUGCAGACUCCCCUGGAGAGUCUGGCGCUGGCCUUCUGCUGCCUGCUCCCCUCCGACCUCAUCUUCCUGUCCUCGAGCCUCCACGCGCCCUCCCUGCUCCAGCUGGACCUGAGCGGCCACAACUUCACGUCCCCCAGACUCCUGCAACCCUUGCGGACGCUGCUGGAAGCCGCUUCGUGCUCGCUGCUGCAGCUGGAGCUGCUGGAGUGUCAGCUGGGGGACGCGGAGCUGGAGCUGCUGCUGCCGGCGCUGCGCCGCUGCCGCCGCCUGCGCUGCCUCGGUCUCCUCGGCACCCCCCUGAGCGCGGCGGCGCUGCGGCCUGGCCUGGCCCGGCCCUGCGCGGCCCUGCCCGACCUGCGCCUCGUGGGCUACUCGCAGCCGCCGCGGGGCUCCGGCCACCACACCCCCACGCAGGGGGAGGAGGGUUUCCCGGCGGAGCUGUGCCGGCUGCUGGCGAGCGCGGGUAGAGCAGACGCCGUGUGGGCGACCAGCCUCCAGCGCUACGGAGCCAUCGACUACUUCAGCUUGCAGCAUCCCCCCCCCAGGGAAGCUUCCCCUCGGGGCGCUGUGCCGGGCUCUGGGCUGUGCCACUCGGUUAUGCCGGACCCUCACUCCAGAGCCAGCGCCGAGCGCACCGGCCCCGCGCCCCCCGCCCGGCCCGGCGCCGGGUGGUACAAGCGCCCGUUCUCCGGCAGCAUCACCAGCGCCUCGGGCCGGAGCGGCACGGCCAGCCGCUCCCCGCCGCCGCACAACGACAGCACGGCGCGGCGGGAGCAGGAGGAGGCUGAGGAGGAGGCGGCCGGGGGCAGGAGGCGGGUGAAGACGAUGGGUCUGUGCUCGCAGCGCAGGAGGUUGCGCUCCGCGCCGCAGCGGGACACGAACGGGAAUUCGCGCUCGUAG